AUAAUUAAUAUAAAACGUAUUAAUAAAUUUAAAUAGUUUAUAAAAAAUCAUCAAAAUAAUAAAAUAUUUCAUAAACCCUCUAAUUUUAGUAAAAAUGGUCAUAAGAAAACAUUUAUGAGAUCAACAAGGUCUAGCACAACUAAUAGAUAGUUGAGUUCUUAUGACAUCUAAUCUAGGGUUCGAUCUUUAGGCGAUACGUAUGGAGAAUGAUGUUGGGUGAAAUCUACUCAUUUAGUGUGAUAUUCGAGUCUUGAUGAGAUUAUAGGCUCAUGAUUGUUGGUUGUGGGAUACUUGAGAAAUAAAAAAGAAAAAAACAUUGAUGUCCUUCCUAUUUUAGAGCUCGGUGGUUGUAUGAUGAACAGAGACGGAGACGGAGACGAUGAUAAUGGAUUUGACGGAAAUUUAAGGGUAAAAUCCUUUUAAUGAUGCACCAAUCUACGAUAGUCAAGGGCUAUAGAGCUUCAUAGUUUGAUUCACGAAUACCUCAAUCACUGUCAACUAUUUAGUUGUAUAACAUGCACUUUUUCAAGUGUUGCAUAUGAUGAUCUUAUAUGAAAACGCUUUCAUAUUUUAUUAUAUUAAAGUUUUGUGUCUAUCUUUCUUCACAUUUACUCAUUCUGUCUCAUAUUAUAAGUCACAUUUUAUCAAAAAAAAAAAUUGUCUCAAAAUAUAAGUCACUCUCCAAUAUUUAUGAAGCAUUACUUACCUUUUUUCCACAUACAUUUGACCUCAUAGUGUGAUUUUAAAAAGUUUUUAAGUUGGAGAGAGAAAUUAUCGGUAAGGAAAGUCAAUAAAACAAAUUUAUUGCUAGCAACUACUUUUCAUAAUUCAAGAGAAUUAGUUAAAUAUAACUUAUACUACAUUAGAACAGAGCAAAUAUUAAAUAUAAGAGACCCUUAAAAUAUUUAUAAAAAAAAUAAACAUAAUAUUUUACGGCCUAACAUUAUUAUACCAUAUCAGAUGAUCCAAAUCGGCAGCCAUGUACACGACUCGCCAGGUACAUCCUCAGGCAGCUACAGUCAUAUCUUUCAAUUUUACUUCUUCUUGUGUUUUUACAUGACUUGAUUCAUUCCAUAGUUUGACAGCAGCCACGUAAUAAAGAAAAUGCUACAGCUACGCGCCACAGAUUUGUAACAUUUGGUAAACACAUAUAUGAUUAUGAGACUAACACUUUCCUACAACUACUUCAACCAUGCAAAAACGCCAAAAUUAAUAAUUCAUAUAAAUCACACACAACACCUAUAUGACACUUUUGACCUUUCAAACCUGUCACAGGAGAAGGGGUCAACAUAUCCCACUUGACACCAAGGUGACCUUUCAUAGUCCCCAUCUCACUAAUGAGCCUUUCUUUUAGUUUAUAAACAUGCAUGUACAUGCAUCUUUUCUGAGAUACUUGCACAAUUUAUUAGAGUUAGCAUACACAAAACUCGAAUCAAAACUCGAAUCUGAAAUCUUAAUUCAAUGAAAUUAAACAUAAAUCAACCACUAAUAACUUGAACCAAUGACUAAUAUUGAGUAUUUUCUGAGAGAGUUGACAAAUUUGUAAAAUAAAUUAAACUUGAGUUUCCUAGUCUUUAGGAUAAAGAAGAAAGCAUCCAAGAGAUACCCUGGUUUAGGCUAAUUCUAAACAAAGAAUGAGUUUUCGCAGUCAUAUUUAUUCCACUGGGGACUGUUUCAUUAAUAAGAGACCCAGGCAAAAAUUAACACAUUGAAUCAAGUCAAAUUUGAAAUCUUAUCUUGUAAGCAAAAGUGGUUCUCUUAUAAAAGACUCUCCCAACAUAAACUCAUUCAUUGCCUAUUUGCCUUCUUGUGGAUACAUAAACAACACACCAUUUUGCUUGCAACUUCUAUUCAGAACCUGAGGUGCCCAUACAUAUAUAGAAGCAGGAUAUAAUUGAAUUGGAAACAUGGGUCUGCUCGGGAAAAGCUUCACUUCCAAAUUCGGAAGCAUCACAACUCUUGCUAUUUCAAGGAUUGCCAUCUUGAUGAACCAGCAUAAGGCUCGAGCCUCACAUGCUAGAUCUGAUGUUGCUCAAUUCUUGAACCUCGGUUACCAGGAUCGUGCUCUUCUUCGUGUGGAGCAAUGGAUAGCAGAGCAAAACAGGUUGGAUGCAUUUGGCAUGAUAGCAAGCUAUUGCCACUUCCUCAGAGAAAGAGCUGAAGUACUUGAAAAUAACAGAUAUUUGAAAACCAUGGAGUGCCCUUUUGAGCUCAAGGAAGCAACAUCAAGCCUUAUCUUUGCAUCCUCAAGGUGUGGAGAAUUUCCAGAGCUGCACAAGAUACGAGAGAUUUUGACGUCCAAAUUUGGGAAAGCAUUUGCUGAUCAUGCUGUUGAGUUGCGCAAGAAUAAUGGAGUUAACUCUAAGAUGAUACAAAAACUUUCACCAAGACGUCUGGACAUGGAAAUCAAAAUGAAAGCGCUGAAGGAAAUUGCUACAAAAAUUGGAGUCACCUUGCAUUUGAAGCAGGGCCCUUCAUUGAUAAGUGAGGACAAAUUAGAAUUUGAACGAAGACUAGAUGAAGUGGGAACCAGUAAAUGGAGUAGUGUUGAUGAUCCUAAACAUGAAGCAAACAUCCAACGUGAUCCCGAAAAUUUAAUCCAGAAUAAGGAUUUAUCUGAUAGAGUUGCAUCCGGCAAGGUGCAUGUGCAUCCCAAGGGAUGCUCUAGUUCUAAACAAGAGGAUGUAGUCAUUUCCAAAAGCAGCCGUGGUAUUGAUCUUAAACAUUUGGAAUGGACAGAAAUCAAAAAACAACUUGCAUUAUGGCAAGAAGAAUCUCAUUUAGAGUUAGUUUCCAAGGAACGCUUGGAGCAAGAUACAAAUAGAGAGAGCAUCAUGCUAGCAAAACAAAUAGGAUCAUGAACACGUGGAUUGGAAGAUGAUGUCAAUGAGAACCAAAUGAGCACAAAGACAAACAAAAAGAAAUGUAUAUUGUAGACAGUUCCAAUUAAUAAAAAAAAUUCCCCUUUCCAAUGGUUUCUUUAUAUGUUAAAGAAGGUGAAACGUCAAAAAAAUUGUUUAUUAACACUGGAAAUUGUAAAAAGAAAAAAAAGAAACAAUUUGUUGAAAUUUAAGUACAAGAAUAUGUAAAAAGUGAAAAACAAUCCAGAUCCUAAUGGUAAUUUUAGAAAGGGAACAUGUUGACUAUAGUAGGACUAAAAAGCAAUGUUCAAGGGUAAGCCAUUACUCAUUUGUCUGAACUUCACAUUCCAUAGUGGAUUUCAUGUUUACUCCAGUAAUGGUGGAAAUCAGGAGAACCAGUGAUCAAUC